AUGAAGCAAGAACUCAGCAGCACCCCAGCCAGGGAGCUGGACACGUUCAUAGAGAACGACCUCCUUCCUGACACCAGAUUCCGUGCUGAGGUCAAUGCAGCCAUCAACAUCAUAUGUGAUUUCCUGAAGAAGAGAUGCUUCCAAGGUGCCACUGACUCUGUGAUGGUCUCCAAGGUGGUGAAGAGCGGCUCCUUGGGUAAAGGCACAGAUGUCAACGGCAGGUCGGAUGCUGAGCUGGUCGUCUUUGUUAACAAUCUCAACAGUUUUGAGGAUCAGUUAAAGAAAUGGGGAGAGUUCAUCCAGGAAAUUAAGAAACAGCUGCGCAAGUUACAGUGUGAGAAUAUAAUUCGACUGGAGUUUGUCAUUAAGGGUGAACAAUGGCCCAACUCCCUGGCACUCAACUUCAGGCUGAGGUCCCCUGACCUGGAUCAGGAGAUGGAGUUUGAUGUUCUGCUCGCCUAUGAUAUCCUGGAUCAUGUCAGCAUCAACAAGAAGUCUAUGAUCAAAAUCUACAGAGAGUUCAUUGCGACUUGCACCUCCCUGGGGCUGGAGGGUGAGUUCUACACCUGCUUCACAGAGCUCCAGCAAAACUUCCUGAAGGAUCGUCCAGACAAGCUGAAGAGUCUCAUCCGCCUGGUCAAGCACUGGUACCAACUGUGUGAGGAGAAGCUAAGGAAACCGCUGCCCCACCAGUAUGCCCUGGAGCUGCUCACAGUCUAUGCCUGGGAACGUGGGAGUAGAGCCCCUGAGUUCAACACAGCCCAGGGCUUCCGGACAGUCUUGGAACUGGUCAAGAAUCAGAGGCAUCUUCGAAUCUACUGGACAGUGUCUUAUGACUUUGAAGACCAAGACAUCUCCAACUACCUGCACGGACAGCUCAGAAGAGCCAGGCCUGUGAUCCUGGACCCGGCUGAUCCAACAAGAAACGUGGCUGGUGGGAACCCAGUAGGUUGGUGGCUGCUGGCAGAAGAAGCUAGAGCCUGGCUGAAGUUCUCAUGUUUUAAGAAUUGUGAUAAUUCCACAGUGCGCUCCUGGAAGGUGCCGAUGGAGUUGGAUGUACCACAUCAGCAGCACAUUGCUCAUCCCUGCUGUUCCUGUGUGCGCCAUGUUGGUUCUGACUUACCAUCCACCAAGACAUCCCUUGUGGUUCCUUCUAAUGGCCCACAAUGGCUCCUCUUCAUGGCCAGCUUCACCAGCCUUAGACCCUCCAUGGAAACACCUCUGGACGUGUUUGUGGGGACAUUUCCAGAAAUGUCUGCCGACUGCUUCCUUCAUUGA